UGUCGAGGAGGAGGCACCUACGAUGUUGUCGCUGAGACGCAAAGGAGGAGUGAGGCUCCCCGGGGGAGCGAGUCUGCGGUGUGUGGUGGGAGAAGUCAGCUGAACGGUGGAUCCGCAGGGGUGAGCGGCGAGAAGGGCGACCGCGCUCCACGUCGACCGCGCGAAGCGGCUCCAGUCGUGAGUCAAGCCUCGUCACGUCGAUUUCUCCUCUACGAACGUUCUUUUCCUCUCACCUGUUCGAACGUAUUGUCGCGGUGUGCCGCGUUUGGCGUAUUGUGUGCGCGAGAAAGUGUCGUUCGUUGUCGAAAACCAGCCUCAUGCAUGGCUACGUUCAGGAGUGAUACUAUUGUUUCGUUAUUGCAACGGAUAUAGAAGGGAGGAGAGAAAAGUGAGAAUCCCAAGUUUUGAUUCACCGAUGAGUCGAGGAGUGUGCUAAAAAAAAAGUGGUGCUUUCGUUCAGUACAACCGACGGUGUGUGAGCGAGGAUCGACUGCGAAGGUUUUAAGAUGCUGACGUCCAAUGCGAAUCAGUAUCUCCGUCCUGAAUAUCUCACACCGUUACCUACUACGUUAGACGCGAAGAAAAGUCCACUCGCGCUACUCGCUCAAACCUGCAGCCAGAUAGGAGCGGAUCCCCCGUCCAACAAGUCGCUACUAAGUUCCUUGGACAAAUCGUCGAGCAACAGAUCAUCCAAAGCCGCGGAGCAAUCCCGCGAAAAGUCCUCGCCGGUGGUGACAGUGUCGGGCCCGACGGUCGAAACGACGAAAACCAGCUUCAAGCCGUACGAAUCCUGCCUGGGACGCGAGAAAGCGUGCAGCCCGGACGAACCGCGAUCGGCGUCGAGCCAUUCCGGCCGGUCGAGGACUCCCGGUAGCGGCGGCAAACGAUGCCCCAGCAACCAGAGCGCCGCGUCGGUGCGGGCGGUGACGCCACAACAGGGCAGGAGAACGCCGAAUGGUGAGGUCGCGCGGGAGUCGCCGGCUUUCAGGAGUUCGGCGCCAACGAGCGCGACGGAAACUACUACCUCGAGUCAACCAACCGUCAGUCCCUCGUUACAAGUGAAACCUGCCUACAGUCCCGCGGGCGUGCUAGCGAUGACCGAUCCAUCCAUCAAGGAUCUCCCCCUGGGCACGUUCAAGCCGGGCGUCAGCCUGCCGACUUCCACCGCAGCCUAUCUAGGCUACAGCCCCGGUCCCAUAGACGUGAUGGCCAGCUCGCUCAUGUCUCAGCAUCACGCCGUGCUGAAGAACGGCCUGGUCGCGACGAACCCUUACCUCGGCUACGCGAGACUGAAGAGCGGCGGCGGCGCUGGACCGGCGGACAGCUUGAUGCCGGUAUGCCGCGAUCCCUAUUGCACCGGCUGCCAGUUGAACUCGCACCUGCUGUCGAACUCCACGAGCACGGCCGCCAAUGGCAAAUUGCCGUCAGGCGCGGCUUCCUGUCCGGCCGGGUGCGCCCAGUGCGAUCACAAGCCCGGCGCUUCGCCUUACGGGCCGCUCGCCUACGCGCACGCGCAAUUAGCCGCGUUAGCCGCGGUCUCGCAGUUACCUUACGUGUGCAACUGGAUCGCCGGCGACACCGCCUACUGCGGCAAGAGAUUCGCCACGUCGGAGGAGCUGCUGCAACAUCUCAGGAGUCACACGAGCGUGUCGACGGCCGGUGGCGCGGUGGCCGAUCCCGCGAGCGCGGCCGCCGCCGCGCUCUCUCUGCUGUCGCCCUCGGUCGGAUUGCCGCCGACUCAUCCCCUGUUCGCCCGAACUUACCCCACGCCGCCCUUGAGUCCGCUCGCGACCGCGCGCUACCAUCCGUACGGGAAGCCCUCGCCGCUGAUGCCGCCGUCUCUGCCGUCGUUGGGCCUGCCGCUGCCGCCAUUGCCGCCGCCGCCGACCGCCGCCGGCCUGCCGGCGUACUUCUCCCCGUAUUCUCUCUACGGGCCCCGUCUGGGCGCAUCCUCCGGUAUGCAUCAAUGAGUUCUCGCCGAAGGCUGAACUGUGAUUUCUCUCUACGAAAAUACGUAAGCGUUUUGCGCCGGAUGAGAUCUCGAGCGCGAUCUCAGUGCGACCGAAUUCUUUCGCUCGGUUGGUCUUCCGCAAAUUUUCUGCAAAGUUUUUCAUCUUGUAUCGCGAAACUUCACACAGGAUUUGAAGAAAAAAAACGCAUGUUCAACAACAUUCUCUACCUUAGGCGCGAAACCAACUCUACUACGUCUCGAUGUUAACGCAAAUAGGUUCGUUGUACUGUACAUGAAACGCUUUAGCAAAUACAACGUUAAAGAUAACUCUCAAUAGAUAUCGACUCGUCGAGGGCCCUACUCCCCGAGUACCGCUCUGCGAUCGGCGAUAAAAAAAGUGCUCUCAAACAUCCACGUAUGAACAGCCUUUGCUGUUCUCAUCAAAAUAAAUCCCUACCUCAGCUAUAUAUCAAUAACCUAACCUUACUUAACCUAAUUUAACCUAACCUGUAACAUCACCAAAAUCGUUGAGGAAAGGUCACAUUUCUGUAUAACUGGCUCGUGUGGAUAAUGCCUAUCACUUACGAAUGCCUAUGGAUUGCAUUCGGAAAGACUAGCCUGAUGCAUCAAACUAUUGGCUACCUUCGCCUGCAUAGUCUCUUAGAUUCGUAGUUUUCUCAUAUUUGCCACAAGUGCUGCGGUAUAUCGAGCCAAGCGACUUUCGAAUAACGUUGAACUUGUCGAUUAAGGUAGUUGUUCCGCUCGGUAACAAAUUUCCCUCAUAAAUAUAUUAUUUAUCGAACAAAACUACUUUUGUAUUAAUUUAAUUCCCUCAGGCCCGGUCUUUCGUUCUCUGGUUAACUUGUGAUCUGGUACACUUGAUCUGAUGAUAACGUGAAAAUUAUGUAUUCAUGGUUAAUUGUUCAAUAAUUCAAUGUUAAAUUUUAAAACUUACUACUAUAAAACCAUCAGAGUUUAAUGAUUAAAUUAUAAAUAGAGAAACACAAUUGUUGCGUUAUCAUCAGUUUUAAUCUAAAUCACAUGUCCAUAAAAUGAGAAGUCGGCCUAAAUAAUAAAUAUUAAUUUGGAGUGAAGUUAAGGCAAAUAUUUACACGAUACUAUAAAUACGAGAAUAUUUAUUUUCCGUUCUUCUUAUUAAUGCUUUAUAUUUAUGCAUUAAUUCGUUUAAUAGAGGUAAGUGAUAAAAAGAAGUGUUAAAUAUUUAAAUAUGUGUGUAUAUAUGUAAGUAUCCAAAGGAUAUAAUGAGUGGGAAAUGAGUUCAUAACUUAUAGUAGUAUUCAUUUACGAGACAACUACCUUAAUACGAAGACAACGUGAGGCUGAGAAUACGUACGCCCCCGUAAAAAAAAAUAAAAAAAAAUUAAAAAAACUUAAUUUAUGCGUAAUUACAAACUAUCGUCAAGCUAGCAACAGGUUCUUUCAUGUAUACUUUGGAGCAUCGAAAACAAUUCGCGUUUAGAAUAGGAAACGAAGAAUUUUCAAUGACAAAAGUCCGCAAAAAGCAUUGCAUGUCGCAGAGAUUAAACUUUAGACUACGUGCAAUGUAAUUACCGUUAUAUUCCAAUAAGCUCGUUAUAGCUGACACGAUUUUUAUUCGGGCCAAAAAUUUAUGUAACACGUGAGUGUGAAUUUUGAUGCUUUACUUGGUAUCUGUCCAUUUCCUGCGUCCGGCGUACAACUCAGUACCGAAUGACGUGUGCCACAGCAAACGUGGUCGAAAAACCAAUGUUUAACUGUGAUUUCUGAGUGAGAAAGUUGAUAAGGAGAGAGAGGGAGAGAGAGAGAGAGAUAGAGAGAGA